AUGGACUGCACGGAGGAUUGCAGAAAAAUCUACGAUGCAUGCAAAGGCUUUGGUAAGAUCAAAUAGCCUCAGACCAAUUCCACUAAUAUAUCCGUUAUUUCCUAAAAACCUGUCCGAUAAGGCAUUCACAGACAAAUAUUAGCUGGCCGGACGACCCACAUAUGGAAACUAGUUAGUCAUCCCCUUUAUCUGAAACUUAUGAAUGAUUGCCAGCUAAACAGAGUUACCGUCAGUAACCUAUAUUGUAGUUACAGGUGGAGCUAAGCUGUGUCAAGGAAAUGCCCAGUUAACCGAUUAGAAUAAAAUAUAAACUGUCAAACUAUCCUAAGGGUGCUUUUUCAUUAUGAGCGCUCAGGCUAAUGAUUUUCUUGGGUUCGAAUGCAAGUCCUUCUUGCAGAUCAUAGAAGCCUUGGGUAAAUCCACUCAACGACCCCUUAUAUGGCAAUUUACAAUCAAAUAAAGUGUCUUAAGGAAGGAUUAUUCAGAAAGUAACAGAGGUAACCAAAGUGACAAGUUCGCAGUUUCGGCGGAGGAGGAAAAGUGCUUGCGGUAACCUGAUACAUGACUCACUUCCUGUAAAAACAAACUCUCCCAUCUCAGAACCCGACUAUGGAACUAGGAGGGUGACGGGGAUGACGGACGUGCGAAGAUCAUGUUUCUAACAAAUUAUGUCGCAUCUAGAGGACUUUCCUGUAGUCUGCUUUCUAUCAACAUCAAACUACUGUCUCGCAUGUAAUAAUAAGAUACCUGAAUGUCAUAACUUGAGACCUUAGAAUACGUCCUGUUCGCGUUGAAAAACUGAUGUCACGCCGUUGUUAUGUGUCCUCUCCCACCUACCGUCUUCUUGACUCUGUCUUGACACCGGAUCCAGGAGGGGGGGGGGAUUAAGGAGAGAGUGUGGUAGAUGGUGCGCAAGCCAACAUUCACCAUAAACUAAUUUCACCUCAUUGUGUGGCACACGGUGGACGCCGUCGAAAUCGACGAUCGAACUGCCAUGUAGCACGGCAUCCCCAUCGCCAAUUAUGCCCUCACCAGUCCCUACGCCAUACACGAACACGCCCCAUAUCGCCCAGCGCAGGCACGGAAUAGGCAUCUCUCACAUAACUGGCUAGUGGGCGUUACCACUCCCUUUCCAUUCGACAUAUGAGGUCUGACCGGCAACCCGGUUGAAUGACCUGCCACAACAUGUGCGUGCAACGUUGAUCAGUUUCGAGUCCAAGCACUACAACUCAGUUGUCUGCCCCCAUAUUCGUUUGUUGGCACAAAAAGACACUCGAUGUGCAAUGGUAAGACGGAGAGGUGAUAUGCCCUCUUGACAGGGCACUGAACACCUCGUCGUCGGUGUCAGGCAUUUCUGCAGUUGUGAGAAGAGCCCGCUAGAAAGUGUGCGUAGCUUUACACGUCAGUCAAUAGACCAUUACGCAGACCAUCAUAAGUCGAUUCCAAGAAUGCUGUCGUGGUGGUGUAGGUGGAAAAAAAAGGCAACAUCCGUGCCAAAACCUACACGUGACUUCCGUUCCUCUCCUCCCCUUCAAGACAGCCGUGAGGCAUCUUCGAUGCUCUUUUCAGUUCGUUUUUUUCUAGUUCUGUUGCUUGAUUGCAGCGCGUGAUAUCCGAUAAAAAUCAGAACCAAGAAAGUCUUGACCUACUUUUUCAGUCGUCAUGAUUGGCUGGUUGAUAACCAAUCAGUGUACGGAACUAGUAGACUCCAGUUGCACUCAUUGGCGACACUUACUGGUGGUCUUAACAACUGCAAGCGGCCCAACAGGGCUAAGUGUCAAAACCCCCUUAUUCGACCCCUGAUAAGAACACAAGACAGUGGCCUUAGCGAAAGAUUUGAGAUCAUUUUGAACGGAGGGUUGUAGUUCAGACAGGAUAUGCUACGCGGAGAAUGGUUGGUCCUUGGUUGAUCCGGUAAACGAAAAUGGCGAUGACGUGGGGAGUCGUCGGGGAGGCGUUCUCCUGUUCAAGAUGCCCGGAUAUCAAUUGUCCUCAGUAUUUAUGGGGUCUCCAGGCGAUGCGGGAGGGUCUAAUUAAUAGACUAAUAGGCAAGAGUAAGCAUGACAAUGAAAGGUAGGAUAACGCAGAGCGUUAGCCACUAUGAUGAUCGAGGCCGCAAACUGCCAUAUAUAUUGCAGUCUUGCAAUGGGCUAUAGGAUUAAAGUUGGAAGGUGGCUAGCGCGGCGCCGUGGUGCCGCUGGAUAACCGACAACGCGCCAGGAGUCUGGCACUGACUAAACCAAAGUCGGGAAAGUUGUGACUACAUCCCCACACUAUCUCCUGCGUGCAUCCACAAUUCCAAGCCCUGGUAGCCCCAACGAGGGAGUUGGGACAAGUUGAUUCUCGGGGCAGCCACCACCGCAGUUUAUAAGAGCCGGCUCACAUUGUUUGGUAUUUUCGGGAUGAUCGGUGAUUCAAUGAGAUUGAGCCAGUUGGCAUUGGCAAAGAUUAGCUUGUGAGGGUCGCGUAAGACGUAACUUUAUUCCAUCGCCCAUCUGUGGGUAGACGGUAGGGAAGAAAUGGCGACUCAAUUUGAAAGGUCCAGUCCCUGGUUGUACUCCAUGUUAGUUGUAUUCGAGUGCACUCGGGCAGUGGACUAGUGCCCGACAUCCAGCGGGCUGCCUUCCGUAUAAAUAACCUGAGGUGUUUUUAAAUUACCACGCUGCGCUAAAAGCCGUGGCUUAGAAGGCUACCAAAUGACGGGAUAGGUAGAUCCCCCUCUAAGGACUGCGAGUCGGGUUGGAACGGCUCGCUCUUCCUGUGGCCUAUAUGGUAUUCCCACUCGGUUGGCAUUCAAGUCGUCCGAUUCUUCGUUUGCACGAAAACCUGAUCCACUGGUAGGGGGCGGUCAUCGGUAGUUUUUACGAAACUCACUCGUCCUGUUGUGUCUUACGGGCUCUCUCUCUAGAGCCUACCCAGCAGCUGCACAGCGGCGCAUGAUAUAGGCAGAAUGACAUUACCAACAAAGAAAAGGGAGACCGGAAUGGCCAGUUCUGGCUUAUUAGCCGAUCGGUGAGCGUCCCCUACCAUUGUAAAUUCCCUAUCGCAACCCACAAGACAGCGGGCUCGUGGCUCAGUAGUUAAAAGCGUUGGACUUCCAACUAACAGGUCGCGGGAUCGAGCCUCAGGUAUUUCACACUUCAGAAUUGGGUAUGGCUGGCUGACGACGGCUAAUAAGCCAGCAAUGGCCAUUCCAGUCUCCCUUGUUUAUGUCGGUAAUGCAAAUCUGGUCCACUUUUGCGGACCAGACGUUGAUAGACGGCCUGUUUAGCCUUGUCAGUCACUGCGCCCGAUCCCACCUCUGACCUCGACUUCAUCUUGAGACCGGCUUCAGGAUGGUGAGGCGGGAGACAGAGUUCGGUAGAUGGAGCAAAUUCGCGCGGUCACUGACCCUGCGCCCAUACUACUGUGGGGCUCUCAGUGAAAAUUGUCGUUCACGACGGUCGAACUCUCGUGUAAAAAUAUCUGCUACCGCAAACUAUUAUGGCGCGUCGGCUUCCUUUCAAUCCGGACCAAUUGAAGUGCCUGUAUCCAUCGGCAAGAUCUCAACUCGCCUCCGGUUACUUUUCUAAAGUGCACAAAGAAAGCAUUUUUCCCAGUUUGGUUACGUAAGUGAACGAGUUUGAGAUCAUAUACGUCAUCGCAAUGUGGCUGAAUAUGCGUGUACGGUCAUUUAACUGACACGUGUGAGGAAGAGUCUGAAGCAGUAAUUUCUGCCUUAUUUACCGUCUUCAGGCAACCAGAUCCCAACCUCAGACCUCGAAACCCUACCAGCUGAACCCACACCCAGUUAAUCCCUGAGCCGCAGGUGUAGCAUAGAGACCUGUGUUCACACCCUGUAUUCUACAACCGGGAGAGUUUACUCCAUCGAUCUAACCUAGUUUCAGGCGAGCCCUUCUGGAUUUGAGGUUCUUCCGGUUUCUUUUCUCUGCAAAAUCUCGCAAGGACUUGCUGCCUGUGACUAUGUGAUAACCUUGUGAUCCUAAAACGGACCCCUCACUAUAUGUGCUGAACAAACACGGGAGCCAGAUCGAGGAUCGGCAGGUGUUAUUGAGAUGUGCGCAGGGUGCAGGUCCAUGCCACGCCAGUUUAGAUCCGAGCCGUCCCCCUUUUCCCUUCUUGUGUGAGAUCCUAGUCAUUGUACGCUGUGGAUCGCGGGGGCGGAAGGUGUGGGGGCACGCCAAGUGGGGGUUCUCGCCAUAAGAACCACCUGCGCCCUCUCCCACCUCCGGUCAUCUAGACUCCGUCUUGACGUCGGGCGGGGGCAGACGAGGAGGGGGGGGAGAGUGGAAUACAUGGGGCGAAAGUCUAUUAUAAUCAGAAAUGAAUUCACGCGCAAAGAUCCGCGUCACGUGCUGUAGUCAGGAUUGAGAAACCAACAGCCCUUCCACCCGCUAGCUAAAGAGAAGCUACGCAUGCGAUGCCCAGGCCGUCCUAAAAAUGUGAUCCCGAUCAUAGAUGACUAUAUAUUUUGCACUUUUAAACGCAGAAUUAACCGUCAUACCUUUAAGCUAAACGAUUCAGUAUGUAGAUAAAAGAACCCUUUAAAAACUCGGUUUUACUUUCGAGGGGAAAGCAAAAAGGAGGCGAUAUUAUGGUCUCCCACAAUGUGAGGAAGCCGCCCAGAGCAUCUUUAUGACAUUUUCUGCAUCCGCUGUCAAUAUUUUUAGUGAAAAAAGAAGUCGAACGAGAACAAGAAUUAGGUAGGGAGACUUCUAUGGGCCGUCCUCUCUCACAGUGACCGUAAUUAAAGAUCACAUCAGGAGCAACAUAAUUAGGUCCAAGAGGGCCUGAGGGUUAGGGAGUUCAGUGUCAAAAAGGAGUUAGUAAAAGCAAGAUUGAUGUACUUUCUUUGGCCAGUAUAGACAGAUUUACAUCCACGCACCACCAUAGGGCCAGAGAAUUCUAAAAUGAUCUGUCUCUUUUGAAGAUACAGAUGAUUAUCAUACAAUGGGUAGAGGGGCGCUCACCAAUCGUCUUUUAUGGAUCUCACUCGUUCCGCUGUACCUUAUGGGCGCUCUCUCUCUCUCUCUCUCGAACCCAGCCAGCAGUCACACAGCAACGAAUGAUAUAGGCAAAGUGUUAUUACCGACAAAGACAAGGGAGACUGGAAUGGUCAUUUCUGACUUACUGACCGUCGUUAGCCAGUCAAACCCAAUCCCGAAGUGUGGAAACCUAGGGCUCAGUGGUUAAAGGCGUUGGACUUCUAACUACUGGGUCGCGGGACCGAGCCCCAGGUAUUCCAAACUUCGGGAUUGGGUAUGACCGGCUGACGACGGCUGUUAAGCCAGAAACGGUCAUUCCAGUCUCCCUUGCCUUCUUAUUCGGUAAUGAAAUUGUGGUUAUUAUACAUUUAACAGAGCUGAAAUGCCUCCCAGUCAAUGAGAGGCCAUUAAUAGCAAAAACGAGGUCUGAAUUUCAAGCAUGGGAGUGAACGAUGUUACCAAAUACAUCGGAAAUGCGCAAAAUCCAAAACACCUCGCAACCAAUUAUAUUUUGCUUCGUUGCCUCCGGGGGGCCUAUAGAUAUCUUCAUUGGCCUCUGAAAGGACUCUGUGAUAGGGGAAGAUGACUACUUGGGGCGGAUCCUCAGUUAUGGAAACAACCACCUCGCAGCUCACAAAAGAAGCUGCGGCCGAACUCUGUUCCACCGGACCUAUCGUUAUUGCAACAGCGACGAUCUCCUUAAGGAAGAGCUUGCCUACCUGUAUCGGCUGUUUCGACCUAACGGAUAUCCGACAAGUUUUGUAAAGAACUGCCUCAGUCAUCAGGCACAACCGCAAGGUCCCACCCUCAACAGGGGAAUUGUUUCUCGACAAUUCAUCUUCCUGUCUUAUAUACAAGGAGCGUACGAUGUAAUUGCCCGGCAGUUAAAUCGCUCGGGUAUUCAAAUCGCCCACAAACCAGCAUCCUCACUACGCGCAGUACUAUCUCGAAUCAAGGAUCCCCUCCUUCCGUGCGCAAACUACUCUUGCGUGUAUGUUGAUCAUACAGGUUGAAGCCUGGACACCCGUAUUAACGAACACAAAUUAGCGAUCUGUCGACGAGACCCCCUGUCCCUCGUCUUUGCUCAUGCACUCGAGUGCGACCACUGAUUCAUUUAGGGAGGCACUGAGGUCGUCGCCAUGGAUUACACAAAACGGGCGAGACAAUUUCUCGAGGCUUGGUACUCCAAUGCUGGUAGUAUCAACCGCCAUGUCGACCUGAACGCCCAUAACGAGGGCCUACGCUCACGACUUGCUGCCCCCUGCCCUAGUGUCACAUCAACGGCCGCUAAUCCAGCCACCAGGAGUCCAAUUGAUCCACCAUCCACCCUCCCCCUCCAGCACAAGCAUCCGUAGUUGUCCCGCCUUCCCCUCCCCCUCGCGCAGAGACGUCCCAUGACUCUGCGGCCACACCUCUCAUAGGCCAAUAGUAUAUCUGUCCUGUCAAGCUAACUAGUCUAAUGUGACAAACUGCCUUCCUUGUUUUCAUUUCGUUUGGCGACGGGUUGGUGUCACCAGCUCGAAAAUUCACGAGUACAAGUCGAUUUUUCCGAAGAACCUCUUCCUUUUUUCAUAAGUCUACGUGUUGGAAAUGCUGCCAACGGUGGCGAGUUUAGAUUGUUAGAUAGCGCCUCAAUGGGAGAUUGGUCAGUUCUGGCAUAAGAGUAGGGGAUAGUGUUGCGCUCACAAAUGAGGUCGCUAAGUCACAAUUCAAGGUUUACUCGGCGCGACCAAGACGCACUUCAAAGUUUGACAAAGUCCAAAUCUUGCACGAGAUGACGACUGCAUGCAUAAUGAACUGUUCGAGUCGCGGGUCUACGGAACAAAGCUAACCAAAGGACGUAGCGAAGUCCAUCUGGCAUACGUCUUGAUGAUAUGACUCCUCAUAAUAAAGGAACUGGUAAAUAACGAUACGCUGAGGGGUUAAGGUGAGUGUGAAGGUUGUUAGGACACUAGAGACGCGGUUUCAGCGAUAAACCACUGGGGCUUGUUCAGCGGCGUAGCAACUUCAUCAUGUGAAGCCUAUACAUUCUCUGAGUCGCCGUUAUGGUUUCAAAAAAGGCGACUUCUAUAAAGACAGAUCUCAGGGAUGGUCAGUGGAUAUUUUGUGGUGGAGCGGUAAUGUUGUGCGGCUUCAAAUGGCGGAGUUCAGUCAAUUUGAUAUUUACCGCAUCGCCAAACAAAAGGGAAGAUAAUUCCUGUAGGAGUCAUCUGUUUCUAAAUUUGUUUGUGCCAUUGUACUGGGAGUGACUUGUACGUGUAAUCAAUCGGCGAGCAAAAGGAGGCUGUUUGAACACGCGCGAAGACUUCCCCCCCAGUGAAUUGUCUGUCCAGGUGCUUGGUGGACCCCAGCGUCGUCUUAGGUAAGCUCAUUGCAGUCAUCUGAAUCAUAUCUCUACAGCAGUACUGACUGUAGAGAGCCGAACGGUGAGAAUCUUAAAACCCGAGCAGCCUUUAGUUUAGAACUGUGGCCUCGCGGCAGCCGAAGUUUCUGGGUACGUUGGGUGGUGAGACUUGGAGUUAAGCUCCUUUUUUCGAUCCGGCGUUCGUUUAAACAAUCUGUGCUUCCGUUGCGGUUACCAUGACGCAUCUCAAGUUGUCUGGAUUUCGAAAAAACGGAUACACAUCUACCAAGAUCUCAGAAAGUGGUAGUGGAUCUCUCGGUUGCACAACACACCGACAAUUAGUUGACUGACGUCAGUAUUGACUGUUUCUAUCCCUACUGAUGAAGCAACAAAAAGACAGCCUCGGGGGGUACUUCGAUGCAGGCAGCGAACUUUGACACCUCCGGUCUGCCGUGAUUUUAAGCAUUGAUCAUUCGCCUGGUACUUGUUUAGCCAGAAAAAUAAGUUGAAUAUUGGUUUACAUCGCAGGUCAUGAUUUCAAAAACUCCCCUGCAGACCAAUUUCUGUUUCCCUUGCAGUUUGAUUCAUGAUUAUCAAGGAAGGAUCGGACCUGAGCGAAUGGCAAUCAGUCUGCAAGACUGAUCAUUUAGUCAACAUAAACAAUACCUUAGUACCUUCUAAUAGCCCAGUAAGGAGACUCUGGAUAUCUUCCGUUUUCAUUGCCUAUAAUGAUUAUUCCACAUUUUGUCUGUUGCUUCUUUAUCUUGGUCGCAAUUGCAGUUUAAUCAUUUUUCAAAUCAAGGUACCAAGGAGAAGGAUAUUAUUGAUGUAAUUGGUCGGCGAACGCUGCAGCAACGCCAUCAAAUUCGUUUACGCUACAUGGACCUUUACCGAGAAGUAAGUCCGCGUUUUUCACAGUCAGAAAAUAGCAGCUACUGACGCCAGAAAAGUAGAAAGCUAAAAGUCCUACUUAAUGUUUUGUUUUAGGAUCUGGUCGACGUAUUAAACAAGGAGCUGAGUGGGGAUUUUCGUCAGCUUGCCAAAUAUCUCUUUUUUGGACCUAUCCAGGUACUGGCACUUCAGCUGUACAAGUUAGUGAAAAAACCGGGGAUGGCCGGUGCUGCUCUCAAUGACAUUAUUUGCUGCUGCAACCCCAACGAGUUGUCCGUUCUAAAGACAGUCUACAAGGAGGGUGAGUUGUCUGUUUGAGCGCUUUUGACACUAGUCACGGAAGACCGAUUUAGUCCGGGGUCCCUGUCUAAGCGGUAUGACUAUUUAUUCAAAAAUAUUAAACAUAGCACAGUUCCUGCUCUUUAAAAUCUCGUGUAAUUAAUCUGUGUUAUUUUAAGUGUUUAAUUUGUAGACGUCCAUUGUUAUCAAAAUCGUCCCUAGACACUUUGUCGAAUUCCCAAGUAGUAAGGGGAUGACGAAAGCUUGUUUCGGCUAUUAGGGAUUACGCAGUUCGAGAUGAUUCCAUCACUGGGAACCAUGAAUUUUAAAUGCUUCAUGUUUAGGAAAACAUUAGAAAGUGGACUUCGGGAUCUGAUCUUUGUUUGCUGUCGCCUCCCCCAAACUGCUAGUUUUAAAUGCAAUUAUUAUUCUGCCGAUUGUUCGGGCAAAACGCAAGUUCCCGUUACUUAAGUAUAUUUCCUUUUAUUUUCCAAUAGUCCUUGAAGUCAAAGGAAUAGAUGGUGAGUUACCAAUUUUGCAUAUCACGCCUUAUAUCGACGCUUGGAAGCGACUUAAAUUGUGUUCUCCAGCUUUCGCAAUGAAUUUAUUACUAAAAACAGGACUCAAGCACUUACUAAAUAUUACUGUUUUUCAAAACCGUUAUUAAACUUAUGUGAACAAAUACCCUGUCGACACAUAGUCAAGUUUUCCGAUUUUAAGAUGACAGUUUGCUUCUGGAAAAGACCCAGUCACAAAACAGAUAUCAAAAAGAAGUUGAGGUAGCCGGACUAUAGUUUCAGCAGGAGAGCUGUGACCAUGUCAAUCUUCAACAUUAAGGAAUGGUCAAGUAAGAUUUAACUAACACCGGUUUUUACAGAUUUCAGAUAAGACAGUAAAUAUUUCAGGAGUUUGGACAUUACAUAAGCCAGAUAAGAGAUUCCAGUCUAACGGAAAAUAAUCAGUUUUCAUGACUUUUAAGUUUCUCAUGGAUUUUUCUUUUGUGCAGGGGCGAUUAACAUGUGAUGGUUUCAACAUGGUCUUGUCACUCUUUUUAAGACAAUUCACGAACUCUUUCAAAGGACAUUGAGAAGGAGACUAAGGGAAAGCAUCGAGAAUAUUUGCAACUUUUUCUGAACACGGAAAGGAGGGCAUUUACCUUUGCUCAGAUCCAGUCAGCUGUCAAUACGGGACGUUGGGAAACCUUGGUUGAUGUCGCGGCUGCCGAGCGUAAUGCGGAGCGCAUCCACGCUGCUGUAGAUACGUAAGAGGAUUUUAAUCUUCAAAAUAUUGACUACUUGUUUUUGUGAGUAGAAACGAUUUCCAAUGUAACACGGUAAUUAACAAUAAGAUUGGAGGGGUCUUACGAACUCAGUUCAAUCUUUUCGAUUUGAGAAAUGGUCUUCGCUUGUCCAAAUGCAGAAGAUUAGGCUUAAAAGGUACAGUCGUACAGGUCUUGUUAACUAUCUGAGGACGGAAUUUCAUACUACACGGCCCAGGGGUGACUGGUCAGAGGAUUUCGAGACUACGAUACCCCUGACAUUUAAUUCCCGAGAUCGCAGAAUUUAAGCUCCCUGGAAUACUGCAUUCGGGGCAUCGUUUAAAGCGAGGCCAAUAAGCAGGCUUUUACCACCGUGGACUCAUAGAAUGAUAUAAUGGGGAAUUUAUGACUAACAGACAUAGAAAUUACUUGAUGGCCAAAUGUAGUCGUUUUAGAAGCCGCACCGAGGCUGUAAGUGAGGAUGAUGGGAGUCUUAUGGAAUGACCAUUUGUGACGUGUAUUUAAGAACAUGUAUACUUAAUUCUGCAAAAGUGUGUCGAUCUUUAUACUGGAUGCUUUUGCUUCCCCUAUUGUUGAAUUUCGUUCCCAGAUAGCUGGCACACCCUGUGCGAAUAGUCGAUUAAACUGAAAAACAAGUUCUAUAUCCAAGACCAACAUUGCAAAACACCCAAUAGUAUUCAUUUGUGUACGCAUUAAAUUCUGAACUUCCAUGCACAAGUUAAUUCAUUGCCGCCAAACACGGCCUCUCCCAUGAGUAGCAACUGACCGCCGAUAUAGUUUGCGGUUAUCUUAUCAUCACACACGUGGAGGCUAGGUAUUGGGAUUACGAGCACUUUUCGGUUGCUUUAUUCUAAAUGGCUUAGUUUUCUGCUAAGAUGCUAUAUCAAAUGUUUCCCGAGCGAAAAUCUUGCAUCCCUUACUUUGGUGCCCAUUUUCCACCCAGGCGUACGAAGACUACGGAUGAAACAACAAUUCUCCACCUUAUUGCUAAAGCGAAUACCCUUGAAAUCCGUGUCAUGUAUGACCACUUCAUGGAUGUGAGUCUGUUAACUUGCAUUUUAAAACUCUUUUUUUCUCCCAUUAUAAAUAUAUAUAUAUAUAUAUAUAUAUAUGCGUCACUGUGCGGCUACUGGUUGGGCUCGAGAGAGAGCCCGUUAAACACAACAAUACGAGCGUGUUCCGUAUGAACGAUCAGUGAGCUCCCCCUACCAUUGUAAAUUCCUGAUCGAAACCGACAGGGCAACGGGCUCAUGGCCCAGUGGUUAGAGUCGUGGACCUCUAACUAACAGGUGGCGAGUUCGAGCCUCGAAUGUUCCACACUUCCGGAUUGGGUAUGACUAGUUGACGACGGCUAAAAAACCAGAAGUGGCCAUUACAGUCUACCAUCUCUUUGUCGGUAAUACAAUUCUGCUUAUAUAUAUAUAUAUUAAAGGUAUUAUACCGUACUCCCGACCUAGAUACUUGCUAAAAGCCCAGACACGUGUUUCGCCGAUAUUCUGCCGCUGCGUGACACAGCUGCGAGGGGUUCGGCUCUUCAGUGGGACCCCCAGCGUUCUCCAGCGGUUUCCGGUAUAUGAACUCCAGAGAAUAAUCAGGUGAAUAAUUUCAGAAAUUAAUCAGUGCAGAACUUGGAGUUAAAUCUCCGGGACAUGACUUUUUAGGGUCAGAACCGAAAUUUCAAUGAACAUUGUUUGUAGGAUGGGCAUUACGUGGUUAUUCCACAGUAGUUGAUUGUCUUCGACUCAAAUGUUCAUUGAAAUUUCGGUUCUGACCCUAAAAAGUCAUGUCCCGGAGAUUUAACUCCAAGUUCUGCACUGAUUAAUUUCCGAAAUUAUUCACCUGAUUAUUCUCUGGAGUUCAUAUACCAGAAACCGCUAGAGAACGCUGGGGGUCCCACUGAAGAGCCGAACCCCUCGCAGCUGUGUCACGCAGCGGCAGAAUAUCGGCGAAACACGUGUCUGGGCUUUUAGCAAGUAUCUAGGUCGUGAGUACGGUAUAAUACCUUUACCAUAUGAAAUUCAUACUACUCGUAGUACUACUUGUUUGUAGAAUGGGCAUUACGUGGUUAUUCCACAGUAGUUGAUUGUCUUCGACUCAAAUGUUCAUUGAAAUUUCGGUUCUGACCCUAAAAAGUCAUGUCCCGGAGAUCUAACUCCAAGUUCUGCACUGAUUAAUUUCCGAAACUAUUCACCUGAUAUAUAUAUAUAUAUGAUACAUAUAGGAAGGCAGAUGUGCUGAUCUAGUGGUUGUAUGCACUAUGAAAACUCCUGCCUUUAGUAAAGGUGAGCGCCAGAUACGGUUUUUGGUAGCUUUGGAUAAGGCCUCUGACCCAAUUGAGAAAAAUUCAGCACAUCGGCGGGGUCCGAACUCACGACAGCAUGUGUAAGGCUUUGUGUACAGCUAGCGCUCCAACCACUCCAACUAUGACGCCCACACCAAGAACCGUGAGUUAAGUCACAUUUGUUUAAUCAAAUUUGGGUCAAGUUACCGGCCUAACCGACUGCAACAUAUUCCGAUUUUGUGGUGGUAGACGCACAUACAGAGCAAGCACUGGCGUUGUGUGGUAGGACAAUGGACAGGUGGAGUUAGCCAGGCGAUACUGGAGAUGGGCUGAUGGACGCACAUGUAGCAUCCACUUAUAGUUUUUCAGUUGCCCUCCGUCACCGACACUUCGAGCUCAGUUGUUGACAAACCCGAGGUUUGAACCGGGAUGCAGUGGGUCGUUGAGCCAUCGGGUCGGCCUGUAGGAUAGUGCGUGUGUAGUGAGUGUACUUCGUUUGGGAGGAAGAGAAGGCGAAAGACACCAGUAGUAGUUAUAUAUAUUCUGUACAGAAACUCAAUGAUGGCCAUAGCCCCCGACGUGCGGUCAGCCCUGGGUCUGCGGGCGUCAGUAAGCGCUAGCUUGACAAUUUUAUUGGGCAAUUGCGGAGUUUGUGGACGCCCGUGAUUGGCUGUCCUAGGGGCUGCAUGUGCGCAUGGACCGGCCGCAGGGGCGUCCUGAUCAUCUAAUUCCUGCAGCUAUGUAGGUGACAAAACUGAAUGGAUUGAGGCGCCACGGGCCUCCCGCUGACAGAGAUAGGGUAACGCAGUCAUGUGAGAGCGACUAACAGUUAAUGAUUAAGAGGUGUUACCGACAAUGACGGUGGUCCCUGGGGUGGUUGCUUCUGAGCUGCACACAACUGGUCUGUACCUAGUCAUAGCCUCUAACUGAAAUAAGCCAUCACUCUCUCCUCUGUCCUUAUCCCUAAUUGUUGUUUUAGACCUACAACCAGACCAUCGUGGAAUUCAUCAGCAAGCACGUGAAGAAACCCCUGCGCCAUGCCCUGAACACCACCAGUAAGUUUGUACCACAUGUUUCCAAAAAGAAUGUAUGUGCAUUGUCGAGAAUGAGAUGAAUGCGUCAAGAGUGUGCAGUCUUAUGCUGCGCCCGAUGUCACCGUUUCCCGAUGGCUUGAAUUCGACUUGUCAUCGACGCAUGGGAGAGGGAGAAGUCUAUAUAGAGUGGAUCCAAUACUCAGUUUCGUCCCUAUCAGUGGUCCGACGUGCCUCAGUCUAUCGCGAGAAACUCAAGGUUGUGGCUUAGAAGGCUGCCAAACAAUACGAUGAUGCUGUCCCCUUCUGAACUGCGAGACAGGCCGACAUGAACCUUUACUUAUCGCGACUCCCUUUAAGGAGAGAUUUGAGACCCUUUUCACUGAAUGUCGGAUGGCUAGGUGUGUGGCACACAUAGAUGUGGGGUCGAGCUCAUUAAAUACUGCGUCAACAUCCAUUUCCAGUCUCCCCGAUUUCGUUUCGCCAUCUGAAGGGAUGGGUGUGAGAGGAUGCCUUAUUACUAGCGGUGAAAAUGCGAUUCCCAGGUUGCAUAUCAAGAAGGAGGAGGUGCAUUCACCGGGGGGGGGGGGGAGUUGAGUACCGCUCACUGCACAAUCUGGGCAGCUUACGACAAGAGGCAACCGCUAACGUCGGAAUUCCGGCAGUUAGUGACAUAGUCAAACGUCUACAAUUCGUUAAGAAGGGCAAGAUAGGGCUGCACUCAUUCUGCGUAGCUGGGAAUCAAUGUGAGGGUAUGCCAUGACAUGUCAUAAAGUGCCAGAAUCAGGCUAGAACAACCAACAAGAAUGCAUGACUUCGUAUAAUCGAAGGGGUUAUAGAUAUCCCAGUGCACAUAUGGCCAAAAAUCAUAGCUUUUAAUGGACGCCAAAUGCGAAAGUAGUUAAUAAGAAAGGGAUUAGCAGAGAAACAUGACUAGACGGUGCCUGCGUCGCUUCUGAAUUUAGUAUGCCGCAAUCGGCGAAACUAUGUUUGACAAAUUGAUAAAUUGCUGGCCCUGAAGUACCCCUAGACUCAUAUGUCAUAGGAGUAUUAAUUUUUUACGUGAUGAUUAGCCUUGCUGUUUUGCCUCUCAGUAGAACUGUCUAACAGACCGAAAGACAUUGAAGUAGGUACCGUUAGCAUGUUGCAUGUGAAAUAGGUACUCGUCCCUUCUACAGGUGGAAUUGCACUAAAUUUCAGGGAGAUUAGGGGUAGGGCGAAGGUUAGGGUUGGAACUGGUGCUGGGAUUAGGGUCAUUACGCGGGAAUGGGUAUACCUGAGUGAAAUUUAGCGCAAGACCGCCUGUAGUACGCUGCGAGUGCCUAUUUCCGUUUCCCGCAGAUUUGGCAGUUGAGCUGGACUACUCCUGGUAAGUUCCGGAGGGAGACACAAAGGCUUCACUAGGCUACUGGUUUAGGUCGAGUAGAGAAAUGAUAAAUCUGAUUUGCUCACCUCCGCUUUGUCUAGUCAUGGCUGCCGUGGACAUGCGACUGCUUCUUGUCGCUCAACUCUACAACAGUUUGCACGGACUGAAACUUGACACCCCAACUAUCUCAAGAAUCUUCAUCCUACGAAGUGAUGUACGUCCUUGUUGUGUUAUAAACCCUUCAUACCUUCACAUGAAACACUUAAAAACGUCCUUUUGGGCCUAAGUCCUCCGAAAAGCCUUUCUGUCCCUCCUUCUAGGCCUCAAUUUUCUAAUAUGAGCCAUAACCUCUCGAGUUUUUGAAAGGGUUCUUAUUACACUCAAUCGCAAUUUACUUGUAAUCGCUUUCCUAGAGAUGAGUAUGAUACGCCAUAUAUAAUCGACGGUGACUUUGCAUAUACCCAGGAAGGCAAGACGAUUUAAUGCUACUUAAUUUGUAAAGAGUAGAUAAUCACUACCUUUUCUUGAGCUUCUAUUGAGAUUCCAGCCAACAAAAGGUAGGUACAGAGCAGUCAUCAGCAAGUCGGCCCAGCUGAAAUGGAAGGUAGUUGAAUGCAGAUAUUGAAGUCAGCCUGUAACCACCACCAGCAGCACCAGCACAUACAUUCUGAAAUUUCCCAGGUGUUUCAUAUAACCACACACUAUAACAUAAAAAACACUCGGCUAAGUGCUCGGUUUGCCGAGAAGUCAUCUCUCGAUGGCAAGCUCAGAGCUUAGCCAGAACUUUCUCACGUUUUCACGAAUGUCCGUUUCAUUGCUGAAAUCUGUGUGUUCCGUUAGAGAGGGCAAAGGGAGCUGACAGAUUUUCCGCAAAAGGAGCUGCCUUCAUGUAGCGGUACAUGUCUUCCUCUGGUGCGUCGUUAGAAUAAGCAGUCAAGGCAGAAUCAGGUCUUGCCGACAGAUCUGACACUAUCUGGGUAGCAGACGUUUUUGUGGGCUAGACCUCGGAGGAGACUUGAGCAUGCAGUUGAGAGGUGUUGCUCAGACUUGGUGCUGUCGAAGGACGUCGAUGAGCGAGUGCACGCCGCGUUGCCCACACCUUUCCUUGACGUUUACUGAGCCCGUGCAGUGCUCCGGUAUAGUAUUGUAGCGGUUAAGCGGUGAUGGUGUACGCUCAUUACGCCACAACUUCAGGCCAUAUCCCCAGGUGUUAGAAGCAGGACGCCAUUUGGUUUGGACACUUUAUUCUGUACAGAAUAGGGGAGGGGAAAGUUAGCAACCGGACGAGGAUGCGUCCGGCGCCGCGGAGGCGGCGUCCGCGAGAGCGACGAGCCCUGUGUCGCAGAAGGCCGCCGCUGCAAAAGUGUCGUGGCCUUCUUGCCUCUGUGCUGUCUGUUCCAAAUCACGUCCACAAGGACGGCGUCCCGUGUUUUCACUUGUAACCAAUCAGCGAUAGGAAUUGCGUUGAUUGGCUCCGAGCCCACGCGAAGGUAGUGGCAAAGUAUCGACCAGGAGUGUGGCGUGGACGGGAGUGCAAAUCGAGGGUUAGCGAGCGCAGCCGUGGCGCUUAAAGAGUAGAACGAGGGGACAGAGAAAAGGCUGCUACAGUAUGUCAGGCAAUCGAGACGGGAAAAUCCUUAAAUUAACUUCGAGCGGUGCCUGGGCAGUACUUUUACUCCUGCUUGAUUAGAUCGGCGAUCAGUAAAUGCCGAAUGGAUCACGUAUGGAAAGCAAACUCAACCUGCUCUGCAGUUACCAAUCCCUCGUCUCGAGUGGUAACUGUCAGUAACAUCACUGCACCAGCCAUGACACCUUUGAAGUACGUGAGCCAGGUAGUCAUCUGGUGAAUUCUAAAUUUAUUACUUGGGAAAUUCUGCUUACUGUUUCAGAUGUGUUGGUAUCAGACGCUGCAGUAAGUUGGAUGGGUAAACUUGACUCAAAUGAGAUUAAACUCGCAUCGUCCGGCGGGUCCUCGUAGCUCAGAUGGUUAGAGAGCUGGCUAUACUAAAGCCUCCCCUUGCUGUCAUGGGUUUGAAUCCCACCGAGGCACCGAGUUUUUUACAGUUGGGUCAAAGUGAAUUCUUAAAAGCUGCAAGAAUGGGUUUCCUACUUACUUCUACUGCGCCUGACAACCAAAAUAUAUGUCCUGAUAGACCCGUGGGCAAAGACAGCAGAAGUCACGACAAAGUCCAGGCAAAAAACUCACAGAUACUUUAAAGAAAUAGGGUUUAUCUCGCCCUCCUGUUGUCCUCUCUGUUGGAUCUCUUAGGAGGAAGGUGGGGAGAGGACAUUACUUAUGGUGAGACUUUGGCUGAUCGGCGGCAUAUAAUUGCUUCGGAGUCCUCUUGCCCAUAUCUAGCAUACGGUGCCUAUCAUACUUUUGUCGGUCCAAGGUUUAAAAAGAGAGUGCCCAGACGUUAAUUUGGUAAUUUUAAACAAGAUGGGACCAUAAGAAAUGUGCGGAAUCUUGUUGCUGCGUGGAUUGGGAUACCUCCGUAAUCAUUACACUGGUUCCACAAUCAAAAUUUGUAUGGGACAACCUGAAGUUUCAGUUGAUAAGCGAAAACAAAUGAAAUGUAAUAUGUAUGCAAGUCCAGUCUGCAAACUUGACCUGAAAUCUUGAAGAAUUAAUGAAGCAGAGGAAUUACAACGUAGUGGGACCGGCAGAGGAGUAAUUAAUUCGGAAGAGGCUACCGACUGAAAUAGCCGUUCCGAAUAAAAGUGAAAAAAGGGCUCAAUUGGAAGUAUCUGUAUAAUACAUGCCAGUGUUUUAGAAGAUUGGCUUUACGUUUGAACGUAUAAUUGAAGUAGUUAAACCUAAUUUCUUGUCCGUUUAAUUUUCUUUUAGACAGAUUUAAAAUCGCUGAAGAGUAUUUUCGACCAGAAGAUUGGAAGCCCCCUGGUUGAGAUGGUUCGUGAGGAAACAUCCGGCGACUAUCGAGAUUUACUGCUAGCCCUCCUGGCAGCAGAGUAA